GUACUGUGACUUUGGCUCGCUGUGGCUCGUUUGUGCCUGACUCGCUGGCUCUUGCUGCUGACGGAGACGUCAAUCUUCCUGGUCCUAUGCACUCGUCUCGCAACAGUUCUCGUUCCGCCCAGCUUGGCCCCGGUGUCGACGGGGAUGAGCUUUUGGACCUGUUUUCGGUUCUUGGCUUAGACGAGGACGAGAAGUGGGGGCCACCCGCCGGCGCGGACGAUUCGGGCAUCGCGUUCUCCACGACAGGCGCGCAGAGCGCCCAGCCGUCGUCGAAAGGCGGCCGCGUCCGCCGCAAGCGCGGCGACACCAUCCGCGCGUCGGAUUUUUCCAAACUCCCUGCCUCGGCUUCCUUCGACGGCGGAUCUGGCUCUGGUCUCGCUGCUGCCCCGCGUCCACCUCCGCGCCGUGCGCGCUCCGGAACUGUUACGCAAGCGGCGACUGCGUCGACCUCCGGCAGCGGCAGGCGGAAGCACGAGGGCUGGCCGACGAUCAAGAUGCGGACGACGGCGGAACCGCUUCGGGUCGACGGGGAUGAUGCGGACGACGAACUGUUGUUGAAAGACGGCGACGUGGUAGAUUGAACCUACGCGUAGCGCCACAUUGAUUCGUGAGCCUGUCCA